AGAACAGACAUUCCUCUGCUCGUGUGAUUAUACGAUUUCAUAAAAAAAUUUCUUCAAUAUUUUGAAUUCAAAGUGGGGCUCGAAUUUCCAUGUAUUGCUUAUCAAAUCUUCUUACAUUUUUAUCGAUAAAUGUGUUAAUCUGGAAACACGAUUGAAAUUUCUACGCCAUUGGAAGCGAUUCGUUGGAGGACGAUUGGUGUUGGUUGAAGACGCUCUGGCGGAGAAAAAUCCAGAACGAAACCCUACCAAUAAUUUAGGGUAUAGUCACUGAUCUAAGGAUAUCAUCCUUUUUCCGGCCCCUGCUUCCAAGUGGAUAUACCGGACCCCCUCAGCGGAAAGAUAAGGUUUUGUGGUGAUUAUACAUGCAAAAAUUAGAAGUUGGUAAAACCGACCUUUUGAAGAAUAUUAGGCUUCUUGAUUACAUCAGAUGGAUGAUAAUAAACCACCAAAAGAUAGAGACACUGUUGUUGACAUUGAGAGUAGUGAAAGUGAAUAUGAGGAGGACCGAAGAAAUGAGACUGUGACAGGUAACAAAAGAGCAAAAACAAUGGUCCAGUCUGUAGCUGGAACUUUGAGUUUUGAAGGAUCAGAGGAGGGUGAAUGCAUCAGUAAUUCUUACAGGACCUCAGUGAAACCAAGUGACGAUGAAUAUGAAGAUAUUGAAUCAUUGACACACAACAAAUUUGGAAAUAAUGGGGAACAUGCACCUCUUUUAGAAAAGACACAGCUGAAAGAGAAGCGAAAGACUUCAAACUCGAGAAAGGCUCCAAAGCCACCUCGGCCACGUAAGGGUCCAUCACUGGACACAGCUGACUUGCAACUAGUUAAGGAGAUUGCUGAACAGGCCAUGAAAAGGCGUGCGAGGGUUGAAAGGUUGAAAUCCUUGAAGAAGAGGAGAGCAGCUAAAGCUUCAUCACCAUCACCAUCAUCAAACAGCAGCCUUUUUGCAAUGGCUAUCACAGUUCUCUUUUUCCUUGUCAUAAUUUUCCAAGGUUUUGGUUCAGGUCAAAGUUCAACAUUGAGUUUUGAUGAUUCUCCUAAGCCAUCAGGAGCGCCAUCAAGUGGUUUGAUCUCCAUCCAGCUUGGGAAUAAUGGCUUGGAAAGAAAUGGUGUUCAACAUAUUGCCAAACCGCCCAAGAAAUUCCCACGACGGAAGAUGUAUCGCACCAGUUCCAGUUUUGUGGAACAAAAAUCCGGCUCUGGAUCCACGACCUCGGUUAAAUGAGCAGUUAAGCAUUUGGUUACACAGGUGCAUAAUCUUUGUCACACACUGAGUUACUAGCUUUUACUGUACAUACUAGUUUCAGACUGAGUUUUCGUUUGUAGAACAACAUCCUUGCUGUUUUUUAUUGAUUUAAGCAUCGACUUUUUUCUCCAAAAACUAUGGUAUCGGAUGUCAUCUUCAUU